AAUUUACAAAUACUAAUAGCGAGCGAGUGACUGAGUGAGUGUAGUUGAAUGUUGAUCAUGAGUCAUAACACAUGGAUGAAUGCAUGAUUUCUUCAACAAGCACCUCAAUCGGUUAAAGCAUUGGAGAGUAUAUAUUUAUAUUCAUAAACUAGGUAGCGUAGUACUAUACAAACUUGUUACAUCAACCAAAUGGAGACACACGGUGAGAUAAGGGUGUCAAAGUUCAAGAGGGUUUGUGUCUUCUGUGGGAGUAGCCCUGGCAAAAAGAGAACCUAUCAAGAUGCUGCCAUUGAGCUUGGCAAUGAAUUGGUCUCAAGGAACAUUGAUCUGGUCUAUGGAGGAGGAAGCAUUGGGUUAAUGGGUUUGGUUUCCCAAGCUGUUCAUGAUGGUGGCCGGCAUGUCAUAGGAGUUAUUCCCAAGACACUUAUGCCUCGAGAGCUAACUGGUGAAACAGUGGGAGAAGUAAAGGCUGUAGCUGAUAUGCACCAAAGGAAGGCAGAGAUGGCCAAGCAUUCAGAUGCCUUUAUUGCCUUACCAGGUGGUUAUGGGACUCUAGAGGAGCUUCUUGAAGUCAUAACCUGGGCACAACUUGGGAUCCAUGACAAACCGGUGGGAUUAGUAAAUGUUGAUGGAUACUUUAAUUCAUUGCUAUCAUUUAUUGACAAAGCUGUGGAAGAGGGAUUUAUUAGUCCUAAUGCCCGCCACAUAAUUGUAUCAGCACCAACAUCAAAAGAGUUGGUAAAGAAAUUGGAGGAUUAUGUUCCUUGUCACGAAAGUGUUGCUUCUAAGUUGAGCUGGCAAAUGGAGCAACAACUCACUUAUCCCGAAGAGUAUGACAUCACAAGGUAGCUAGCUGAUUUUGCUUCAUUUGCACGGAAGAUGACACUAGAUAGAAUUUUGGAGGUGGAAGAAGCUAGUGUGGAAUAUCAGUAUUCUGUUUUGUUUUUACUUUAAAAAAAAAAAAAAAAAAAAAUUUCUUUU